AUGGCUGAUGCUCAGAGGAAGCAAGUUUUAAUAUCCCGUCGCGCUAUCCUACUCGCCUCGCUGGACCGUGCGGAGCGUUUCAUGACGGAAUACCAGGAGGAACGGGACAUGCUCGAGGUGGAAGUAAGGCUGGAGAACUUGGACGUGAUCUGGAAGGGGUUGGAGGAUGCGCAAUCCGGAUUGGAGGAGAUGGAGGAAGACAAUGAAGAUAUGGUGAACAAUUUGUCUUAUCGUUCUAAUUUUGAAUCGCUGCUCUUUAAAAUAAAAGCUUUUCUACGCUCUAAGCUUCCCACUCUUACUAUCAUGCACGCAAACAAUCCUCAAACUACUACUACUGGGGCUCCUUCCACUCUAAAGGGUCUGAAACUGCCAACUAUCUCUUUGCCCGAGUUUUCGGGUGACUACAAAGACUGGCUAGCUUUCCACGACACUUUUCUAGCACUAAUACACAACAAUGCGGAUGUGGCGGACAUCCAAAAAUUUCACUAUUUAAGGGCUGCUGUCAAAGGUGAAGCAGCCCAACUUAUUGAAUCGAUAGGCAUCAGCACAGCCAAUUAUACUUUGGCUUGGGAUGCUCUGGUAAGUCGUUAUGCGAACGAAUACCUCCUCAAAAAGCGCCACUUGCAAGCCUUGUUGGACUGUCCAAAGAUGAAGCGAGAAUCUGCGUCCGCUCUGCAUGCCAUAGUCGACGACUUCGAAAGGCAUGUGAAAAUUCUCGGUCAGUUGGGUGAAGCUGUUGAUGCGUGGAGCACCAUCCUGGAACAUAUAUUAUGUACGCGACUUCACGACGAUACACUGAAAGUUUGGGAGGAUUUUGCGUCUACUUUGAAUUCCGUUACCUACAAACAUCUCAUCGAAUUUCUUCAGCGUCGUAUGCGGGUCCUCGAAUCGAUCUCGGUGAAUCAACAUCAUCAACCAGCGUCUAUGCAGACUCAAGUUUCGUAUCCCAGAAAGCCGUUCCCAACGAAAGUUUCCUCCCAUGCUGUUGUAGAAAGUUCGUCGUUGAAAUGUCACGCCUGUAAUCAACGUCAUCCGCUAGUAAAGUGCAAUAAAUUCGAGAAGUUGCCGAUCUCAGAGAAGCUGAAUAUACUUAACUUCAAACGACUUUGUCUCAACUGUUUCAGCAGAGAUCAUUUCGCCCGGAAUUGUGUUUCAAAAUAUAACUGUAAGGUUUGCCAGAAACGUCACCAUUCAUUAAUUCAUGCUGCGUACACUGAGAGUUCCAUCCGUUCCAACGUCGAUUCGUCAUCGUCAAGUUCACCUAGGUCCACCGUGCAAACUAAUGCGACCACUUCCGAAGAAACAUCGCUAUUAUCAGCAUCCACUUUAACGAAACCAGAGAAGCGUGUAUGCUGUGUGCCAAUGCAAAGUUGCAAUCGGAACGUUUUUAUGUUGACUGUUGUUCUCAAAGUCAUCGAUUGUUAUGGUCAGGAGCAUCUCGCGAGAGCUCUGCUCGAUUGUGCAUCCCAACCGAAUAUAAUCUCCGAAAAUAUGGCGCAAAUUCUACGUUUACGACGUAACAAGGUGAAUGUUAUGAUUCAUGGAGUUGGUGAAAAUCCGCAGCUCGCACAAAAUUCCGUCCGAACCCAAAUCCGUUCACGAAAAGAAGAGUUCUCACUCGAUGUUGAUUUUCUGGUACUGAAAAACGUCAUCCCUAAGCUUCCUGCCUACAAUGUAUCCGUUGAUGAUUGGAAUCUACCACAGGACUUAUUUUACGCUGAUCCAUACUUCAACAAAAGCUCCAGUAUCGAUAUGAUAAUCGGAAACGAGCAUUUCUUCUCCUGCUUCAAAACUGCUGCUCAGAUCCAUUUGUCGGAAAAUUUACAACGGCUAAUAGACAGCACUUUUGGUUGGAUAGUUUCUGGUGCUGCCAGCAUUCCCAAAAAUUCCCGAGAAGCAUCCGCUUGCUCCAUUACGACCGUAUCUCUAGUUACCCUCGAAGAAAGUCUGAAAAAGUUUUGGGAGACAGAAGAGCUUCCAUCCAGGUCUGCUUAUUCGUUGGAAGAGAAAAGAUGCGAAGAAAUAUACGCCUCUACAGUUAGUCGAAACUCUGAGGGCCGAUAUGUAGUUCGCUUGCCGCGAAAGCCCAAUUUCGACGAGAUGAUUGGAAAAUCUAAAGCCAUCGCGCUACGUCGUUUCGAGCUGCUUGAGCGCAGACUUGAUAAGGAUAUUCAACUGAAAAGAGAAUACAAUAAAUUCAUGCGCGAAUAUUUGGAUUUAGGCCACAUGAGUUUAGUUUCCGAGGAGGAAGCUACCGAUUCAAUGCAAUGCUUUCUUCCCCAUCACCCUGUGCUGAAGGAGGCCAGCACAACGACAAAAGUACGUGUCGUUUUUAAUGCUUCAGCCAAGAUGUCUUCAGGUUACUCAUUGAAUGAGGCACUUCUUGUGGGACCUGUAGUGCAGGAUGACCUGCUUUCCAUCAGUCUUCGUUUCCGAACAUUCCCAGUGGCAGUGGUAGGUGACGUUGAAAAAAUGUACCGCCAGGUUCUUCAUCAUCCUGCCGACACAUCGCUGCAGCAAAUACUGUUCAGAUUUGACAAAACUGAGAAAGUGCAAACAUAUCGUCUUCUGACCGUAACCUACGGCAUGGCACCGUCUGCUUUCCUAGCUACACGCACUUUAGUGCAGCUAGCCAAUGAUGAAGGAGAUGCCUUUCCACUGGGAGGACCAGCACUCAGGAAAGGAUUUUAUGUUGAUGAUUUAAUCAGCGGAGCUCAAACUAUUCCUGAAGCAAUUCAAUUGAGGACCGAACUGGGAGAACUUAUGGCAAAGGGUGGAUUCUCCUUGAGGAAAUGGACUUCCAACAAGCUCGAAGUAUUGCAGGGGCUCGAACCUGACCAAAUCGGAACGCAAUCUGCGAUCCAAUUCAACAAGGAAGACACGAUAAAGACGCUGGGAAUCAGCUGGAUGCCCGAGGCGGAUGUAUUCCGAUUCGAGUCCGCACUGCGACCACUACAUGGACCUAUCACGAAGAGAGCCAUCUUAUCCGGAAUCUCUCAGCUUUUUGACCCUUUGGGAAUUGUCUCACCUGUGGUCAUUCGUGCAAAAAUUAUGAUGCAGCUCCUGUGGUUGCAGCCUUACGGCUGGGAUGACGAAGUUUCAAAAUCGAUCACUGAGAAGUGGGAAAACUACACAAAACAGCUGCCGAGACUAUCCGAGUUCCGUGUACCACGCUACGCUCUGCUUCCAAAUGCCAACAUCCAGUUGCACACAUUCUCAGACGCGUCAGAAGCAGCAUACGGUGCAUGCACGUACGCUCGAUCUGUAGAUACCGAGGGCAAUGUAGCUGUUCAUCUACUAGCAUCCAAAUCACGGGUCGCUCCCCUGAAACGCAUCAGCCUUCCACGGUUAGAGCUUUGUGCAGCCGAUCUGGCAACGAAACUUCACGCUAAAAUAACCGAUGCACUCCACAUCGAAAUUUCUGAUUCCUACUUCUGGUGUGACUCCACAGUAACGCUUCAAUGGAUCCGCGCUCCACCCAACUGUUGGAAGACAUUCGUGGCUAAUCGCGUUUCUGCCAUCCAGUCAGCAACCAUUGGGGCACACUGGAACCACGUAGCCGGCAAACAAAAUCCAGCUGACUUGGUAUCCAGAGGCAUGGAGAUUGACGAUUUUAUUAAAUGCCAGGAAUGGAAACACGGACCGAAAUGGCUAUUCCUACCCACACAACAAUGGCCAUGUCAAAGCGUACCAGAGUACCCUGAAGACGGGAAAGAGCGUCGUAAAGCCGUAGUGGCCGCAGCAAUCAGAAACGAAUCUCGCGUAAAUCCCUACUUUGAUCGCUUCUCGACGUAUACAGGAAUGGUUAGCAUCACUGCAUACUGCCUUCGAUUUUUCCGCCACUGUCGUGAGAAAAUUCGAACACAACCCUCUAGUAGUAGUCCACUCCACAGCAAACUACUUACACGAGAUGAGUUUGCCGCUGCCGAAUCAGUACUCGUAAAGCUAGCCCAGUUCGAUGGAUUUAAGGAAGAAUUAAAAGACCUCCGCAGCAGCAAUGCAGUUUCCAAAAAAUCGCCAAUUCGCCGUCUUUGCCCCAUACUCGACCCAGAAGGCAUCAUCAGAGUGGGAGGUAGAUUGAAUUUGCUAGAGCAGCCAUACAUAACAAAGCAUCCCAUCCUCCUACCUAAUCCUCACCCCUAUACACGUCUUCUCACUAUACUUCACCACCUACGACUAAUUCACGGUGGCGGCCGCCUCACCCUGGCCUCCAUGCGUGAAAAAUUUUGGCCCAUCUGCGGGCGACAGUUAGUUCAAUGCGUCAUACGUGCCUGCUUCCGAUGCACCCGAGCAAAUCCCGUUCCACAAACCCAGCAACUAGGACAACUUCCAAUUCAUCGUAUCCGACCUGCUCGACCAUUCAGCAUCGCCGGCGUAGAUUUCGCCGGACCUGUAUACUUGAGAGCAAUCCACAAGCGAGCCCUACCAGCAAAGGCGUACAUUUGCAUCUUCGUGUGCUUUAGCAUAAAGGCAGUUCACAUCGAACUGGUCGGAGACCUGUCGACAGCAGCAUUCCUAGCAGCGUUCCGCAGAUUCGUAUCCCGUCGGGGUCGACCAUCUGAUGUCUACUCCGACAACGGAAAAAAUUUCGAAGGUGCGAAAAAUGAGCUCGAGGAGAUCCAUCGACUGCUGCGGAACAACGCCGAAGAGAUCCACUCCUUCUGCACGAAGGAAGCUAUCAACUGGCAUCUGUGUCCACCUAAGGCGCCUCAUUUUGGUGGACUUUGGGAAGCGGCGGUAAAAGUCGCCAAAGCCCAUAUGUACAAGCAGCUAGGGAAUUCUCGUCUCUCGUUCGAAGAAAUGUCGACACUACUGACCCAAGUAGAAGCAGCAAUGAAUAGUCGUCCUUUGGUGCCACUCUCAGAGGAUCCAAACGACCUAGCUUGCGUAACUCCUGCCCACUUUCUAAUUGGGUCAACCAUGCACGCGGUACCUGAGCUGGAUCUGACGAAGAUCUCUGUGAGCAUUCUCGACCGUUAUCAAGCAACUCAACGGCUAUACCAAAAAUUUUGGCAUCAUUGGCGCAGCGAGUAUUUGCAAGAGUUGCAGCUUUCGUUCAAAAACAACAAGCCGAACGACGCGUUCCAUCCAGGUCGGCUCGUGAUCCUCGUCGACGAACAACAGCAUCCUGUGAAAUGGCCACUCGCUCGCAUUGUCGAUGUCCAUCCUGGCCACGAUCAGCUUAUUCGUGUGGUGACCUUGAAAACGCCCCGUGGUAUAGUCAAGCGGCCGAUAACAAAAAUUUGCCUGCUUCCUGGCUAUGAUCGAGACUCAGAUACUGUUAUUAGAGACGACGAAAGGCGGAAUGACACCGACCGAGAUGACAGCUAUCAACCACCAAUACGAGGAGAAUGA